AUGACCAUGAAAGCUUCAAGUACUAGCCAAAUGCAGAAUGUAUUUAAGGAGAAGAUUGAAGCCUUAAAAGAAGAAACUUCUAACCUUAUAGAAGAAAUUGCAGGAUAUGCCGGUGACGGAAAUACGAAUGAAUUCCUAAGAAGCUUAGGAAAUUUAGAAAGUAAACUGAUGGAUAUUUAUAAGACAAUGGACAGUCUCUCUAACCGUGUGGAUGAGGUAGAAAAGGAACUGAAAGAGUUGAAAGAUCAAGUAAAUUAUAUGAAGUUUUUCAGCGAUUACCGGGAUUGGGCGAGCAUAUUCAUACAAAUGUUAACGAAAAAGCUAGGAGGUGUAGAUAACUGGCAUGGUGUGGAAAUGGGUCUUCAUUAUCACAAUCUUAACGAGCCAUUGACAAAGAAGGAAUCUGGCUGUGUUGAACGUUUAAUGAACUUAUUAAAAGAUGAUGAAGACAUUGGAUUAAGUCUCACCGACAUUAAGUUAUUAUUAGAAGUGAGAGAUACGAGUAAUAUUUUAAUUCAUAAAAAAAAUCAAACUUCAAGAGAUGCAGAGAUGGAACUUGGUACUUAUCCGGUUCCUGAUGAUUUAAAGAUAUACAAACCUCCAUUAAAAAAGGCCUUUAAGGCAAUGAGUAGAUGGCGCUCGUCUUAA